AUGAACGUCCUUCGCUCCAGACUGAACGAUAUCCGCGACCGCCUUGCGCCCAUCUCGUACGUCUCGACCUUCCGAAAUACAGGACAGGUUACCCCCGAAGAAUUCGUGCUUGCAGGCGACUACCUGGUCUACAAGUUCCCUACCUGGUCAUGGUCCGGGGCGUCCUCGCCGUCAAAGCGUGUCUCGUAUCUACCGGAGGGCAAACAGUUCUUGGUUACACGCGGGGUACCUUGUAAUCGACGGCUGGAUGAGAACUUCGCGGGCAGCGCGGGGAAGGGCGCAGAUGUUAUGGUGCAGGAUGGACUGAAGGGGUCAGGUUCCGGCGGGGACGACGAUGAUGGGUGGUUGAACGCCGGCGGUGAUGAGGGACAGGCUGACGUUAAGGAUGUGAGGACCGUCGAUGAGUCUGGGAAUAUGGGCGAGAAGGAAGACGAAGAAGACGAGGAGAUUCCUGAUAUGGAUGAUGAAGAGGAUGAUGCGGAGGCCAUCAUUCGAGAACCAGCUCCAAAGGGGGGGAAGAAUGCGCCGCUGCGUACCUAUUCUCUCUACAUAACAUAUACACCAUACUACAAGACCCCUCGCCUAUAUCUUUCCGGCUACGUCGCCGUAUCGGAACCGCUGCCUCCCCAGCUGAUGAUGGAAGAUAUAGUAGGCGACUACAAGGACAAGACCGUCACCCUGGAGGACUUCCCCUUUUUCGAAGGCGGCGUGAAGAUGGCCAGCGUCCACCCGUGCAAACACGCCAGUGUGAUGAAAGUUCUCCUCGACCGGGCCGACGCAGCGCUGAAGAUUCGACGCGAGAAACAGUCAAAACGCUCCAAGAGCAGCGGAGACAAGGGGAAGGUUGAGGCAGGACUCGAGGGACUUAUCGACGACACGGAGACGAGACUAAAGAUCUCUGACGACAAGCCAAAGUCUGGCAGUAGUAGUGGCGGCGAUGAGUGGGAGAUGUUGCAGCAUGAAGAAGACGACGAGGAUGAUCAGCAAGUUGCUAUCCGGGUUGACCAGUAUCUGGUUGUUUUCCUAAAGUUCAUUGCAAGCGUUACCCCGGGCAUCGAGCAUGAUUUUACCAUGGGAGUUUAG